UCCUCUGUUGUAUUGUGGAAAAUGACUGCGUCUGCGUUUCUGGCGUGAGACCUGUUAUUGUGAAUUGUUGCGUAGUAUAUAUAUUUUUUCCCUGUUUACAAAAGCAGUAGGAUUUAGACGAAGAGCAGACGCGAAGUGCUAAGUAGUGUAGGCGAAAUCUAUAGUGUAGCGCAAAUAGCUAAGGAUAUGGGUAACUAGCCGAUUGCUAUUACUAGCUUGGGAGGCUAGUUAGCUGUUUGGCUAUCUGUGUAAAAACAUCGCUGGUUGCUGUUACAACUCAGCUACCAGUUGUUUGUUACACGUUGGUGUUUAGAAAGCUUAGUUAGCUACGUGAUAUCUGAAUUGUAACGAGAGUUCUGGAUGGGUUGAUCGUUACGUUUUUGAACAACUACAAAACAUCAGACAGACGCAACGAUUCGAGACGCUUUGAGGCCACCGAGUCGACAGAUUCGCCAUGAACUCGAAGCGGACCAACGCCGGUGAAAAUGUGGGCGGUCGGAUCAACCCGUCCGGCAACUCGGCAGCGGGCGGAUCGCAUCGCAAACAGAGCAUCAUCAACUCUCCGAGUAAGGGUGCGGGCGCGUUGCUAGGCAAAGGGGAGAGGGGGGACCUCGCGCCGAACGUGGCGCGAGACAGGAACGUCUCCAUCACCUCGCUGAGGUCCCGUCUCGGUCCGACUAUUCGGUCGACGCUGUCCGCCGCGGUGGACACCCUGCUGGGGGAGAUCGUGUCGGUGAUGCACGAAACUCAAGGGGAGCUGUUCUCCAAGGAGCAGGAGAACGAGAAGCUGAAGGUCCGCCUCGAGGUGUCGGAGCGCGAGCUGAAGACGCUGCAGGAAUGCCUGUGCAGCGCGCAGAAGCUCAUCGACCAGCUGCAGGGUCCUUUCGGCGGCCCCCCGGUCCCCGGGCACCACGCUUACCCGCAGGCGAACCCCAUGAAUCAGGCUCGCUUAACGCACCGCGGCGCGGGCGACGCCGACCCGCGCUGCUUCGCGGGCGGCGAAGCGGAGCUGAGCGGCGCUCUCGGCGAUGCUAUACACGGCUUCGACUCCAGGGAUGACUUCAAAAGUUGCCACCUCUCGAUCCAAGCGGACGGGACCGUUACGAACAGCUACUACGACCCUCUGCCCGUGCAUUCGGCCAGCAUCUGCCACGAUGUCAACAGGACGGGUGAGUUGACUGACAGACGCCUUUCUCACCCCACCUCGCACCCUCCAUACCCGGUAAAAGAGGAGCAGACACCUGUGUCCGGCCCUGUGUGUGUGAGGGGUGCGGGUGGACACCCUGACGCGGAGCCCUCUGCCCAGAGUGUGUGCGACCUGGGCUACAUACACGUGGUGGAGGAAGAGGGUGGCUCUCGCUCCCACAGCCACGCUCAGAAGCCCACUCCCACGCCCCCCUCCAGGUCUCACAACGGCCCCUCCUCCGGUACCCCGCCACCACAGGGACCGUCCGGCCUGCGCCCCUCCCGGCGGGAGGUGCCCGUGGGGGGUGUGGGGGAUGUCCGGAGCCCCGACGCAGGAGGCCAGUCUCCGGAGGCACGCCGGCGGAGGGCGGCGUCCGAGCUGAUGGGCGCGGCCCCUGGCGAGCGUCCGCACCUGUGCAUGGAGUGCGGCAAAACGUUCCGCCUGAUCUCCAGCCUGAAGAAGCACCUACGCAUCCACACAGGGGAGAAGCCGUACCCGUGUGCCGUGUGCGGGCGGCGUUUCCGCGAGUCGGGCGCGCUCAAGACGCACCUGCGCAUCCACACAGGCGAGAAACCCUACUCCUGCUCCGAGUGCGGCACGCGCUUCCGACACCUGGACGGCCUGCGCAAACACCGGCGCACGCACACGGGCGAAAAGCCCUACGCUUGCGGGGUGUGCGGCAAGCGCCUCAGCCGUCUGCAGCACCUGAAGCACCACCAGCGCAUCCACACGGGCGAGCGCCCCUGCCGCUGCCCACUCUGCCAGCGCGCCUUCAAAGACGCCGCCGGCCUGCGCAAGCACCUUCGCGCCCACCAGGGCGAGCCGGGCCUGGAGGAGGCCCAGGAGAGGCUGGGCGUGGGCGCGCUCGAGGAAGACGGAGGAGGCGGCGCGGGCAACGCCCAUCUCCCGGGCUCCGUGGACGAGGAGGAGAUGCGGUUCGGCAUGUGGGGCGAAGAGGAGCGGGAGGAGGGGGAAGCUCCGGUGGACUGCGUCUAGCUCGCGGCCGAGGAACUGGAUAAAGUCAAAGGAAAACGACGGAAUUGCUUAAACCUUAUAAAAUAGCCCUAAAGAUGCAGAGACUAGUAGUAGUAGUAUUUUUUUGUGAAUUAAUAGUGUCAAAAGUUAUUGGUUAACAUGUGACAGCAGGACUUGUUUCAGAUGGUUAACGUUGAGCGUCUGGGAAAAACUAGUCGAUUUGGCUCUUGGCAAUGAGGAUGGCCCAUUGACCAUGUGUUGGAGCACAACAGCAAAGCCCUGAGCACUUGCACAUGAAAAGUUGGUUAACAUCAUCAGCAGACAGUGCAGGAGGAAAGGUAGCGGCCACUGUUUUGGCCUGGAACAUCUAGCUCUGCCCCAGAGGAGACCACAGCUCACCAAGAGCUGACCAGCGGGAAAUCACCCAGCCUGCUGACUGGCAUGUCAUGUCCCAUGGGCAGACUGUUGCCCUCUGGGCUGAGCCCUGUGGUGGAUACUUUGCAUUUGCUUUAGAAAGCCCACGUAAAGACACUGUGGAGUUCUGGACUCUACAGGGGACGUGGUAUGGAGAACAGGACACUUCUCUGAAUGCUGUGUGUCAAGUCUUUGCAUCACUCUCAGAUGAUUUUGGACCUGGUAGAUGGAAAUGAAUGUAACAUAGUUGUUUGUGCAAGGGUAGGAGGAUGACCAAAGGGGGCUGUCUCUCAUGCCAGCUUUCAUGUGCACACACAAGCAUUUCAAAGCUGAUAAAUUACAAGGAACUUUAAACCAAUCAGAAGUCAGAAAUCAGAGUUGAUCUUUAUGUGCUGUUAGGCCUACACUUUACUGAUUCCUAAGAAGAAAAAUUUGGAUUAUAACUCAGUACAUAUGUACAGUAUGUGUCAAAUUUUCACAUAUUUUUGGCCCUUGUUAUUGGCACCUAACCUACCUGGCAUAGUCCAGCCAGUGUUGGACACAGCACGACUGUGAGGGUGGGCAUUGGGUCGUUUUGGCCUUCUCUGUAUUUUGAAUUUAAUUUAACCCCAAAUUGACCUUCCAGUUCCACACAGUUUUACUGGACAAUGCAUAAAAUUCUCGUCGUGUAGUCACGAAGAAAAGGCAUCAGUUAACAGCUCUGGUGUGGAAUAAAAAUCCCAAGUGUGACUCCCAAGUGUGACAAACAUUUAGAAAAGAAACAGCGCCCUCUUUUGGUCAAUUGGAGGGACUCCGGUUUGUGUACAUGUUGAGAAAUAAUAGCUCAUGAUCGAUUCUUGCUCACUUGUUAAAACCAUUUUUUCAUUCAUGAUCAUUAAUGUAGUUUGAUGACUGUUUACCUCUUUAUUCCAGUCCUAUGGUCAGAGACGACGUUGUAGUGUCACACCACCAGAGCCUUUGUGUGAUGUUUUGAACUUGUGGGUUUUUUUGUUCGUGGUGUUCAUCUCUUCAUAUUGAGAGCUGUUCCUUAUGUAUAUUACUUAGUGGCUAGUGGACCCAAACAUACCCAGGGUGAGACACAAUAAUCAGUGUUUUAUGACAUUUUCCAAAUGUUUCAGUAACUCUUUCAUAAUGUUUAGAUAUAUUGCAUUUACGUGUUCAUUAAGUCUAGUAAAUAAAAGUUGUUUUAGUUUAACUCGCGAGCUCUUUGGUCAGUGCGGAGAUGGCUGCAGUCUGAAUGGUUGGGUCAGUAGAGACUCAGCUCGGCUACCAACAUCAUGACAUGUUAUGUUUUCUAUUACUUACUAUGUUACCCAAGCUACUUCUUUAUUUUUACUUAAAAAUAAACCUAAGCAUGCUGUUUUUAUCAACAUCA